AUGGUAGAAGGUGAAGAAGUAACAGAGGGCCUGCAGCCUCAAGCUGUCACUGAUUACCUCCCUUGGUUUCAUAGGCGAACUGUGACACUCAUCAGUGAUCCAGAAAAAUACGGGUACCGGACUCAGGGCUAUCAGCCAUCUUCAGCACGCGAUAUUUUAUACGCCGACACCCUCAACGAUAUUUAUCACAUUGUUGAUAAGUAUCGUACCAAGUACCCGACCAGAGACCGUGCCCUUAAUGCAAUGAUUGAGGAGGUACUCAAUAGCUCCUUCAUUGCCUUAACUAUUGGUCCUGACGCUUUGAACACAGUUUCUAGUCAGAGACUUCUAGAAAGUCAACCGACUCUAUCCCAACAGCCGUAA